AUGACUUCGAGAUUGUCCUUGGGCGGCUUUUUGGCCAAAGCGAGAGCUGCUUUGACAGCUCCAGCGGCGCAACGAAAGGGACCUCUCACUUUUGUUGUAGGGAAUGAAUCAGCUGACCUCGACUCUCUCUGCUCAGCUCUUGUCUACGCUUAUAUGCGCACUCAUACCCCUCCUCAUACCCUACACAUUCCCCUCUCAAACCUGCCCCGCGAUGACCUCGCUCUUCGCACCGAGAUGUCAGCAGUUCUCAAACACGCUGGGCUUACUCUUAAAGAUCUACUAACUCUAUCUGAACUUCCAGACCUCAAACCUGAGGAAACACGCUGGUUGCUGGUUGAUCAUAACUCCCUCACAGGUCCACUUAAGAAGUUUUCGGACCAUGUUACUGGCUGUGUUGAUCACCAUGCCGAUGAGAACGUUAUCGACAAAGAUACAGACCCAAGAGUCGUUGAACCUUGUGGAAGCUGUAUGAGCUUGGUGGUGGAUGAGACGAGGAAGACCUGGGAGGAAAUUUCGCACCUGAGUCCUGAGGAUAGCGAUGCGGCUACGGAGAACGACAAGCUUACUAGACUUGCGCUUGCUCCUAUCGUCUCCGACACGAUAAACCUCACGGCCAAGGAAAAGGUUCGAGAGAAGGACUUGAAGGCGGUUGAAUUCCUAGAGGGGCGCAUGCACAAAUCCUUCAACCGCACAGCCUACUUUGACGAGAUCUCCGCUGUAAAGGAGGAUAUUUCCGACUUGAGCUUCCGCGACAUUCUGCGCAAGGACUACAAAGAAUGGGACGGCUCAGGCCUAAAGCUUGGAAUAAGCUGUGUGGUACAAGACUUCAGCUACCUCGUAGACAAAGCUGGUGCUUCAGAGCCGCUGAUCGAUGCCUUUGAGGACUGGGCGAAGGAGCGCGAACUCGAUGUGGCAAGCAUAAUGACCACGUCCCAUCCCAACGGGGAGUUUCAACGUCAUCUACUUGUCUGGGGUAUUACCGAUCAAGGUCGUGAGGCGGUGGAUAGGUUCGUGCAAGCUGGCGAUAAGUUAAAGUUGGAGACGUGGAAGGAGGGAGAGCUGGAUCAUCAUGGGCACAAGAGGUUUGCCUGGAGGCAGAAGGAACUUGCUGCGAGUAGAAAGCAGGUUGCGCCUUUGUUGAGGGAGGCUCUUAAGAAGAGUUGA